AUGGCCGACGCUGGUCCUCCUCCCCCUCCCGACAACCGAUCCUACUGCUCGCAGUGCCGCCAUUACGGCCAUAGCGAUGUCGAUUGCAAUUGGCUAAUGAGGAUGGCGGUCAUGAUCCGCCAUGUGACGGCGGCACCUCCUCCAAACAAGCGGAAGGCCCACCGGGCCGGCAAGGGCCGACGCGGACGUGGCAACGGGGCCCGGAACAACGGUGGUAAGCCUUACCCCUCUCUAUCCCUCUACCCGAUUUCUGUGCCCCUGCUACGAGUGCUCUGGUGCUAUAUGAGUGCUCUGGUGCUGCGUAUGCACCGGUGCCGCUUGUGUGCUGGCGGGGUUUAUACGCAAAAUAUCCAGUGCCCCGCCCCCCCGCCCCCACCGAACGCCCCCCCGGCCGCUGAUGGUGUCCCGCCCCCCGCCCCCCCGGCCGCUGAUGAGCUCCCCCGGGCCGCCCCUGAUGCCGCCCCCGCCCCUGGUGCUGCCCCCGGCCCUGGUGCCGCCCCCGCCCCUGGUGCUGCCCCCGGCCCUGGUGCCGCCCCCGCCCCUGGUGCCGCCCCCCGCUCCUGUCAGUGUUCAUCCCUACAGGAACAGAUAUUAAUCAAUAUAAUAGAGCUCCCCCUAGCCGCCCCUAAUGCCGCCCCCGCUGCUGAGCUCUCCCGGGCCGCCCCUGAUGCCGCCCCUGAUGCCGCCCCCGCCCCUGGUGCUGCCCCCGGCCCUGGUGCCGCCCCCGCCCCUGGUGCCGCCCCCGCUCCUGAGCUCUCCCGGGCCGCCCCUGAUGCCGCCCCCGCCCCUGGUGCUGCCCCCGCCCCUGGUGCUGCCCCCGCCCCUGGUGCCGCCCCCGGCCCUGGUGCUGCCCCCGCCCCUGGUGCCGCCCCCGCCCCUGGUGCCGCCCCCGCUCCUGAGCUCUCCCGGGCCGCCCCUAAUGCCGCCCCUGGUGCUGCCCCCGCCCCUGGUGCCGCCCCCGCCCCUGGUGCCGCCCCCGCUCCUGAUGCCGCCCUCGCUCCUGAUGCCGCCCCCGCCCCUGGUGCCGCCCCCGCUCCUGAGGGCAACGAGGAUGCUGGCACCGCCCCCCUUAGGGGGGAUUAA